AUGGAAGAGAAGGAUGGGAAUCUCGAGGCGGAAUACGAUCCAAUCACCGGGGACGGUUUUUAUGUUAUCUCUGACAACCUCACACAUGACGGGCAUUCUCUGGAUGAAGGCAUUCCCGAGUACGAACUCCGUUCGUGGCUCCUGAGUGCCCCGUUGACCUCGAAGAUCACGACGGACCCACCACGCUCGAACUAUCGUCCCCAACCUCUUGACCGCAAUGUCAACACGGGCUCUCGUCUGCGCUACACUACACCUGGCUACUGCGGGCCCGGUCAUGGGUAA